AUGCCGCCUCCACCUCCAUGGCCACUUGCUCCUGCUCCUCCUCCUCUCCACCCGACCUCGCCGGCAGCAGCGACAGUCGGCUCCGCAUCUUCCCAGGCCGCGCCCGCUCGCCGGCCGCGCUCGCCCGUCCGUGCCCAGGCCGCGCCCGCGCUCGCCGGCCGCGCUCGCCCGUCCGUGCCCAGGCCGCGCCCGCUCGCCGGCCGCGUGCUCCCGCCACCGCGGGGCACAAAGGCCAUGGCCAGGGCGAGCGAGGCAGCAACAGAGGCCGCGGGGGCGCGUGAUGCCGGAGCAGCAAGUGGCGGGCGGAGCCGACGAGGCUGUGCGGCGGCAGCAAGCAGCAGGCCACGCACAUGA